AUGGCCUUGCAUCUCGUGCCACCCCAGCCCAGCAGCGAAGAAUCUGCCUCCAAUCAAGGCGACGCCGCCGAGCCUUGCUUCGAUGACAACUCAUCUGAUCUCGCCCAGACUCCCAUUUCCAACCAUGGCUCCUUCCUCGACGCCGCUAUACAAGACGCUCAAUCCCGCCCUGACCACGAUGAUGCCUGGUUGACUUCCCACGACAUGGCCAUGCUCAAGGCCCUCGGCAGCGAACCAUGUCCUAUGAACUGUUCGGGACAGCACCAUCACUGCCUCAAGCGACUUCCCACCGGCACCAAACCUGUCAAGCUGGUCGGCGAGGGUUCCGCCAAUGCCGUCUUUGAGAUCAAGGUCCCAUCUCGCGAUCGUGCAGGUCGUGACUUCAAAGGAUAUCUUUUGAGAGUUGCCAAGGUGCCGUCGCUCGGGGCUGCACCCACCUACAACUAUAUUCUUCAGCAGCAGUUUCUCCAAACAGCAAUCAAACCCAUUCUCGGCGACCACGUAGUGAACCAGGAGCUGGUGGUGCUCCACAAGACGGGCAUCAUCCAGGAGCUCAACAACAUUCUUCGGACUAUAGACCACACCCGCAAGGACAAGUUCAAAGGGACCUAUGUCGGGGAGACUGACCUGGGGUUCCUAGUAGAGGACAUGCGACCUCAAGACCCAGAGACUUGCACUCUCGUCGAGUUUAAGCCUAAGUGGCUGUCGCAGUCCCCCUCUGCUCCAAAAAAUGCCAUCAGGUGCCGCCAGUGCGCCAUGGAGCUGCGAAACCUCGUCAAAGACUUGUCGAGGAAUAAAGCACUUCCAGAACAGAAACCAUGCCCUCUGGCCCUCAUCAGUUCGGAUUCCCCCUGGCCAGUCCACUCCCCAUUCCGAAUGGCGCCGCAUCUUGAAAACCAAGGUCGCAACGAGUUUUACUUGGAAGCCCUGGGGAGUAUCCCGACCCAACCGGCCAUUCGAGAUUUGAAAGUCCAGCAAGACAUUCACGACACGGUCGGUCCGUUGUAUGCCGCGUCGACGGACCCGUUCUUCCCUCUGGCCAUGACGCUCCGCGACUGCACAUGUUUUGCCCAGAUAUACACAUCAUCUGUGCGAAUCAGGUUCGGUGAUUUUGACUGGAAAGACCCUCAGAUCAAGCUCGAAAGAUGGAGAGGCGUCGAGGAAGAACUCAUAGAGAAGGGGUUCUAUACGGCCGAAUGGAUUUUUUGCGACGGUGCCUUUUACAGGCCGCCAACCCUUUGUCUCCUUGAGCAUGUGCCGACCGUGUCCAAAAAAGACAUUGCGAUUAUUGAAAUUCACGAUGCCAAAGACGAUAGGUUUGACGUUGACCCGCAGCAGCAUACCAUGCCAAAUCACGUGCCUGCAGGGACCAAGAUUCACAGAUAUCAAACGAAUACUGGCGUGCUCAAGCGACUUCUGGAACCAUGCAAAAGGGAGGCGCCGGAUUUCACAAAACCUGUGCGAAAAAGGUUGGCAUCAUGA